AUGGUUGUUUUAGCAGCAUCAAUAUGCACCAAGGGUGGUAAAGCCGUUAUCUCGCGCCAGUUCCGCGAUAUGACACGGACGAGGAUUGAAUCUCUCCUCGCCUCCUUCCCUAAACUCAUACCUACGAAUACCCAACACACCUCCGUCGAGACCGCCGAGGUCAGAUAUGUAUACCAGCCUCUGGAGGACCUGUACAUUCUCCUCAUCACAAACAAAGCAUCGAACAUCUUACAGGACAUCGAUACUCUGCAUCUUUUUGCCCGCGUUGUCUCUGACAUGUGCCGCAGCGCGGACGAGCGGGAGAUCCUCAAAAAUUCGUUCGAGCUCCUGGGAGCAUUCGACGAGAUCGUCACACUUGGAUACAGAGAACAGGUCAACCUCAUGCAGGUCAGGAGUGUGUUGGAGAUGGAGAGUCACGAGGAAAAGAUCCAGGAAAUUAUCGCCAGGAACAAAGAGGCGGAAGCCAAGGAGGAGCUCAAGCGUCGUGCCAAACAGCUGGAGAUGCAGCGACGCGAGCAGCAACGCCGUGCCGCUGGAGGAGGAGGAGGCGGAAGCAGCUACCUUGGAGGAGGCCCGACAGGGUACUCGUCCAUUCCUCGUUACGAGACCCCCGAAGUAUCUGCUCCGUCUAUCUCCCGUACGAAUAAUACAUCGUCUUCUACCCCCACCCGUGCUCCUGCUUUUAAGGGCAGCGGCAUGAAACUUGGUUCUAAAAAAACAAAACAGGCCGAGUUGCUGGACGCUCUGGGGGGUGACGUUUUGGCGUCGACUGGGUUGGCUGAGCAGGCGCAGGCACCAGCUACACCUGCACAAGAAACUCAUGUCGUUCAGAAAGUCAGUGGCAGAGGCAGUCUUCCUGAAGUUGAAGCCCAAAGCGUGCACAUCAUCAUCAAAGAACAAAUCUCGCUAUCGCUACUUAGAGAUGGAGGUGUUCAAUCGAUGGAACUCAAGGGAGAUAUGAAUCUACAAGUAACGGAUCCGGCCAAUGCACAUAUCAAGAUCAACUUGGCGAAUGUGUCAACAGAUUUCGGCGGGUCUGCGUUGCAAUUUAAGCAGCAUCCAAAUGUUGCCAAAUUUACUCCAGGACAACCUCGUGUCGUGGCCUUGAAAGAUAGCGCGAAAGCCUUCCCUGUGGGACAUAGCCUUGCUGUCCUCAAGUGGCGAUACGCCGGUACAGACGAAAGCAAUGUUCCUCUGUCGAUCAACUGUUGGCCAUCUCCUUCCAAUGACGGCACAUGUGAAGUCAGUAUUGAGUAUGAACUGGAGAAUGAGCAUGUUACAUUAUACGAUGUUGUCAUCUCUAUACCCCUCCCUGAUGGCUCUUACCCCACCGUCUCGUCACAUACCGCGGAAUGGUCUCUCGAUCCUUCCUCUCACUCUCUUGCCUGGUCGAUCCCCAUCGUAUCACCCUCGGAUGAUUCCAAAUCGGGCUCGCUGAUAUUUAAUGUUGGCGGCGUCGACGUAGGCGCGUUCUUCCCCGUGGAAGUUAGUUUCAUUGGGCAGGGAAGUUUGGCAGGCGUCGCUGUUGCGUCGGUUGAGAGGACCAACGGCGAUGGAUCGCCAGACUUUUCGGUAGACGCGUUCGUCACUGCAGACGAGUAUUUGGUUGUUUAG